GGCUGGCGGCGGUGUCGCCGCCGUCGCUGGCGGUGGCCCGGCUGGAUGGCCGGUCCCGCGGCUGCCGGGCUCCCUCGCAUCCCAGGGCCGAGCGUUCCCUCCGCCCGCAUCGCACUGCAUGCUGUAACUCACCAUUGAACCGACACAUUUGGAAGAGUUCAUUGCAUCAAAAACUUCCUCCACAUAGACUGAUGCCAUCUCAGCAGUCACCAAACACUGUGAACUAAAAUUAAAAACCUUUAUGGAGUUUAUAACACCUGGGUCAAAAGGAAUAUUCUUCUGAUAAAUAAGGAGGACUCUUGCUGCCGGUAUGACGAGCCAGGAGAAGUGGGUUAACCUUAGCCCUGGAGAGUUCUCUCAGCUUCAGAAAUAUGCYGAAUAUUCCACCAAGAAAAUUAAGGAUGUCUUAGAAGAAUUCCAUGGCAAUGGUGUAUUAGCAAAAUAUAAUCCUGAAGGGACAAUUGAUUUAGAGGGGUUCAAGCUUUUCAUGAAGACUUUUCUGGAGGCAGAGUUACCAGAUGAUUUCAUUGAACAUCUUUUUACAUCAUUUAGGAACAAAAUCUCUCACUGCAGCCCGYUAAUAAAAAAUAAACCACAGCACCUUUCUGGAGUUAAGGUGUCUGAAGAGAGAUGGAAACAGAUGCCAGGUCUGAGACUUAACAAGGGUACCUCUACAUCCAGACCUCCUACUCCUGCCAACUCACAUUUACCAGACAUGAUCCAGCUGAAAGAUAUUGUGUGCUAUUUGUCACUGCUAGAAAGAGGAAGACCAGAAGACAAGCUAGAAUUUAUGUUUCGCUUGUAUGACACAGAUGGGAAUGGAUACCUCGAUAGUUCGGAGCUUGAAAAUAUUAUUGCUCAAAUGAUGCAUGUUGCAGAAUACCUUGAAUGGGAUAUUACAGAAUUAAGUCCAAUUCUCCAUGAAAUGAUGGAAGAAAUUGACUAUGAUCAUGAUGGCACUGUUUCAUUAGAAGAAUGGAUCCAAGGAGGGAUGACAACAAUCCCACUCUUGGUCCUUCUUGGGUUAGAAAAUAAUGUGAAAGAUGAUGGGCAGCAUGUAUGGAGAUUGAAGCACUUCAACAAGCCUGCCUACUGUAAUCUUUGUUUGAACAUGCUGAUUGGAGUAGGCAAGCAAGGUCUCUGCUGUUCUUUUUGCAAGUAYACAGUCCAUGAACGCUGUGUCUCCAGAGCUCCUGCAUCUUGCAUCAAAACAUACGUGAAGUCUAAAAAGAAUACUGAUGUAAUGCACCAUUUCUGGGUGGAAGGAAACUGUCCAACAAAAUGUGAUAAGUGUCACAAAACUAUAAAGUGUUACCAAGGCUUGACUGGACUUCAUUGUGUUUGGUGUCAGAUUACAUUGCAUAACAAGUGUGCUUCACAUCUGAAACCUGAAUGUGACUGUGGACCUUUGAAGGACCAUAUUUUACCACCCACAUCAAUCUGCCCAGUAGUGUUGGAAAGACAGUCAACAGUGAAAAAAGARAAGAGUUGUCCCCAGCAAAUGAACAAACUGGGAGAACGGAAYAAAAUGCAAAGAGCAAAUUCUGUCACCGUAGAUGGACAAGGCCUUCAGAUCACUCCAGUUCCAGGCACUCAUCCACUUUUAGUUUUUGUCAAUCCUAAAAGUGGUGGGAAACAAGGAGAAAGAAUUUAUAGAAAAUUUCAGUACCUUUUAAAUCCUCGUCAAGUUUAUAGUCUUUCUGGAAAUGGACCAAUGCCAGGGUUAAAUUUUUUCCGAGAUGUUACUGAGUUCAGAGUACUAGCAUGUGGUGGAGAUGGAACAGUAGGCUGGAUUUUGGAUUGCAUAGAGAAAGCGAACUUGAUUAAGCAUCCUCCUGUUGCUAUCCUGCCUCUUGGGACUGGCAAUGAUUUAGCAAGGUGUCUAAGAUGGGGAGGAGGGUACGAAGGUGAGAAUUUGAUGAAGAUCUUAAAAGACAUUGAGAAUAGCUCAGAGAUUUUACUGGACAGGUGGAAAUUCGAAGUAAUACCCAAUGAUAAAGAUGAGAAAGGAGACCCAGUGCCUUACAACAUCAUCAAUAACUACUUUUCUAUUGGCGUGGAUGCUUCAAUUGCCCACAGAUUCCAUAUCAUGAGAGAAAAACAUCCAGAGAAGUUCAACAGUAGAAUGAAGAACAAAUUUUGGUAUUUUGAAUUUGGCACUUCGGAAACUUUCUCAGCCACCUGUAAGAAGCUGCAUGAAUCUGUAGAAAUAGAAUGUGAUGGAAUUCAGCUGGACCUAAUCAAUAUCUCUCUGGAAGGAAUUGCCAUUUUAAACAUCCCAAGCAUGCACGGUGGAUCGAAUCUUUGGGGAGAGACAAAGAAGAGACGUAGCCACCGUCGGACAGAAAAGAAGAGGUCAGAUAAAAGAACCACUGUUACAGAUGCCAAGGAAUUGAAGUUUGUAUGCCAAGAUCUGAGUGACCAGCUAAUGGAAGUGGUCGGUCUGGAAGGAGCCAUGGAGAUGGGACAGAUAUACACAGGUCUGAAAAGUGCUGGAAGGCGGCUUGCCCAGUGCUCAUCUGUUGUCAUCAGGACCAGCAAGUCUCUGCCUAUGCAGAUAGACGGAGAACCUUGGAUGCAAACUCCUUGCACGAUAAAAAUUACUCACAAGAACCAAGCCCCCAUGUUGAUGGGACCUCCUCCAAAAACUGGUCUUUUCUCUUCUAUCAUCAAAAGAACAAGGAACCACAGCAAGGAAUAAGCCUACGUAGUUUAGUUUAAAAAAAAAUAGCUUUGUUGGGCUUUGGAAUAUUUAUGCUGGAAAUCUUUCAAGAAUUUUAGAAUAUCUUCUAUUUGCAAAACCUUGGAUUUUGGUUUAACCGUUCUGUAGCUGAGCUGAUGUAAAACUAUGCUACUAGAAAAAAUGUUGUCACAGUUUUGUAGGCAUUUUGCAUGAUGAAAGCAGAUGUUUACAUAAAAUGAUACAGCAUAUUUUUUGUUGCAUGCGUUACCAUUUACUAAUCUCUGGGCCAAUUCUGCCAUGGAAUAUGGGAAGAGAAUGUCAUGGGUAAUUUGAUUUUCUCGCUUUUCUGUUUCAGCUUUUUCUACUACAAUAAUCAUAUGCCAUAGGUUCAGUCAAGCAUCUUUACGUGAAUAGUCAAUCUGACCUGUUUCAGAGUAAAGAUCAUUACAGGUUUCAUGAACCUGUAUUUUUAGUUUAUCAUUUCUUUCUACCCUGAGAAUAUUUUUAUUCAACUAAGUGUUAAAAUCUCGUAACUUAUUCUGAUAACUCCUAUGUAUAUGAGUAACUGUACCUGCUGAAAACAUYUAAUAUGCACAGUGUUCAAAUGAUCAUGAUUGUUCUUGUGUAAGUUUUUGUUAAGAUUACAAKUUGAUUGAAGUUUGAGCAAAAACUGUAAGACUAAGGCAAUCAUGGUGAGUGAAGAUAAUAAUACUUGCAAAACUAGCCAUCAGUGUUGUUUGUUGAAACCCUAGAAUUAUUUUCAUGAGCAAUACUUCUUUGUAACAUGGCAAACUUUAAAUCAUUCUGCAUAUUGACCAAUAGCAAAGUGCAUAUGCACACAAAUAACCAAAGCUCAUGCCUAAUUAAAGUGCAUUUCCCACCAAAGAUUUAGUGAAGGAUGCUUCAGAGAAAUGGGUUAAUGCAUAAUUAAUCAAACUCACUAGAGUAGACUCACUUCUGAAAAUUUACAGUUCUGUUGAUUACAUUGUCAAUGUCCAGACAAAUGUUGGGGUAGGCAGGAACAUUAAAUUAAUUGCAAGUAGAUACUCACUUUUCAUUUGUUUCCUAACUUGAUAAACAGAGUCACAUGCUCUAAAUAUUGAGACAUAGAUAUGAACUUUAAAUAUUAGAAAAUUAAACUUAUAAUUUUCUGUGGCAUAAUUAGUUAUAAAUUCAUGCCAUCCAUAAUUUAAUCAUCCCCUAAAUUAAUCUCUCAAGGAAAGGAUAAACUGUCUGUUACCCUUUUGUAGUCUGCUAUCUGGAACCCAAACAUUUCUUGUCAUAAAUUUUGGUGAGGCAGUUGCUCAGGUUUUAACUUUCUUAGCUCUCUGAGAGACUUCCCAACAGCUUAGAACUCAUAAUACAGGGAUUUGUCUGAGGUUUGCACAGCACUGUCUAAUGUUGAAGGGAAGUCCAAGAAUGGCAACUUUUUUCAGUCUUGCAUAUAAUCAAUCUCAAACAAAACUUUUUGUGCAGUCUUAACAUGGUUCUUUGUUCAGAGUGAGCUGCUUCUCAGCUCUGCAUGUCUUAAGUUCUCAGAGAUUUCAUAAAAAAAAAACAAGGAAAAAAUAAAACUUUGCUUGAAAUGCAUGAUUUCCCAUUUUUAACCAGACUUUAAAAUGUUAAUUAUUUAUUAAAUCUAUUUUUCUAUUGAUUCRUUCAUCCAUUUUAAAAAUAAUACUUCAUCAUGCUGUAGUGCACGGUACUGUGCAUGUAUUUAAAUAAAGUUACUAUCAUUUGUUCCUCAGUAUAAGAAUUCAACAGAGUCCUAAUUUAUAUAAUAGACACUAAAAUAAAAGUCAAUAUAUAGCUGGUAAGGUUAUGUCUUUGAAAUAUACAGUCUAUGUUCUGUAAACAUUAGGAGGUAAAUGCCAAUUAAUGUUUUGUUCAGCAUUAGAUAGAAAAAUAUGAAGGUGAUUAUUUGCUAAAAUUAAGAUCUUGUAAUUCACCAUUCUUGGGUCCAGUGUUGUUGACUUUUACAGUUACCAUAGGAGUAAACUAGUACUUUUCCUGUACAUUGCAAACACACACAUACACACACACGGAAGCAUUGAUGCACUGAACUACAAACAUGCAUAAGUAUAGGGCAAAGGUUGUUUGCAAAAAGAAGGAAUUUGCUGACAUAAUAUUACGUGAAGUGUAUAUUGGUUUUAUGAAAUUAUGGUUACAGGUGAUAAAAAUUUUCACAUAACUUGACAUAGGAUUUUCUACCAAUGCUCUCAACUUUUUGUGGCAAAACUGUGUUUAACAACAAUAUAUAAUGUGUUCUCUAUGAUUAUCUCAUGAACAUUGUAACUCUGAAAACAAAUAAAAUUAUACAUAAGCUAUUAAUAAUGUAUGCAGUUUUAAAUGUGCCAGUCUGUGAUAGCAUAUUGUUCACUACACACUUUUUUAUGUAUAG